AUGACGCUGAUGCAGUCCGCCAGCACCGGCGACACCGUCAUUGUCGUCAACUGCUACGUCGACAGUCUCCAUGUGGGCAGUAUCAUCACUCUGAACGGGGUUACCUAUGAGGUGGUCGCCCUCGCAGUGCCCUCCGACAGGCGCCGCCUCGCUGGGGGACUGCCAAUCACGCUGGCUACAGCGCUGACCGAUGAUGUAUCUUCUGGCGAUUCGGUCAAGGGGACGCUUCGACACCAUUUUGCCGCAUUACUUGGCAUCUCUGCUGUGCACGUGAUCGUGUCUGCAACGGCCAUGUCCCCCUCAUCAAGCUUGCCCCACGGCCUGCGGCUACUCAGCGUCACAAUGGCAACCGCAGCCGAUGCAACUGUCUCAGUUGAGGUGCAGCAGCAGGCGGCACAGGCAUUGAGCACGAGCUUCAGACAGAUCAAUGGCGUUUCGAACGUCUGCGUCGAUGGCGAGUGCGUGCCCAGGUGCGGCGGUACGCUCAUCUCCGAGAACUGGGUUCUCACCGCGGCGCACUGUACUCGGGGCGCGGAUGUUUCGCGCGUCGUCCUUGGCCUCCACACCGUGGGCAGUGAGGAGACCGAUGAAUGUGUCGUCAUCCGUGGAGUUAGGGACGUCGUCAACCACGAGCGUUACAAAGGGCAUCUUAAAGGCUCUUUCCUGACCGUGCCUGGUCUUGACAAGAGAGUAAACGGAGACCACCUCAAGGCCAACGACAUCGCGCUCAUCGAGUUAAAUUCGAGCGCUCCAUACGCCCCCAUCGAGAAGCUCGCCCAGCCGGGCAGCAGCCUGGCGGUGGACGGUUCGCUGCUCGUUGUCGCUGGAUGGGGUGUCAACGAAGGCAACUAUACAAGCGCGGCGCAGUACACGAUGGUACCCGUCGUCAGCUCCAGCAAAUGUCAAGACUGGGAUUUUGGCUUUGAAGGGGAGACGGUCCUUGUCGGCGUCGUCAGCUUUGGCCCAAAAUACGAGUGCGGCACCGGAGGGGUGUAUGCGCGGGUCUCGUACUUUGCAGACUGGAUCUGCAACAACACAAACAACACGGUGUCGGUCUGCUCAAGCGGGAGGAGGCUCGGCGAGGAGGACUGGGGCGAGGGGGCGGCCUCGCCCGAGCUUGAUCGCUUAGGGCCGGCGGUCGUCGAACAGCCUGAGCUCAGCCAGACGCGGCUCGCGCCCAAUGGCGGAUACAGAACCGGAUGCCAGGUUAAGCCGUGCCCGCCGUCGCUUGUGCACCUGCCACACAACCUACCCGACGUGCGCUAG